AUGAAUUUGUUUAUCACACUACACCUCCUGUACUUUUUUGGCUCCAGGACAAUGGGCUACUCUGCUUGUGAACACCAUUGUUUUACAGUAUUUAAAACUUGCGCUCUGGCAUGCAGUUGGACACGAUUCAUUCUAGAGCAAUGUGUUCGUGAUUGUGAAAGGGCGUACACCACAUGCUUUCGUUCUGAGUGUAACAGAGAACCUUUUCUGAAUUACUGA